GAACUAGAGGGUGGACUUAUUACGACCACUGUAGGGACCCGCAAUACCUCAAGAACUUCUCCAGAAUCAAUACAAUGGCUCCUGGACAACUACGAAACAGCGGACGGCACUUCCUUACCGCGAUGUGCGCUCUAUGACCAUUAUAAAAAGCACUGUAACGAACAUAAGCUGGAUGCGGUGAAUGCGGCAUCUUUUGGGAAAUUGAUCCGAUCUGUGUUCAAUGGUCUGCGGACUAGACGGCUUGGUACUCGUGGCAACUCGAAGUACCACUAUUAUGGCAUUCGUAUCAAAGCAGACUCUCCACUAAUGCAGAGCCACAUUCCUGAACGAUAUUCGCCACACGAAGCAUCGGCACCGAUCUUAAAUAAACGUUCACAAUGGCUUCACCUGGAGGAAUCCUCUACUCUUGAAAACUUUCAUGAGUACUGGGCUGCAUUCUGGCAACCCGAAGACGAUCUGGAAGAUGAAGAGUUGCAACAACUCUUCUCGCUCUGCACCCUUCCACAAAUUCAGCAUUGGAUUAUCAGCUUGGACUUGGCUUUCUACCAAACUAUCGUCGACAUUCUUGUGCCUGAUGUGCUGAUGAGCAACAUGUCUCGUAAGGGUCUAGAAGUCGGCCGUUACAUACACUACUUGAAGAAGGCCAUGCAAGGAGCUCCAGAGAUCAUUCAGAAGAAGAAGAUCCAGGCCGUCAAGUACAUGGCGCAAGGACUCAGAAGAUACACUUCGUUGAACCAUCUAGCCCAAGCUGCUCGUGCUGUGCUUCAGAAGCCAGAUCAAGUUAUGGCAAUGUACAAUGACUAUAUCAGGGUUGACAUGCAACAAGUGCAAGAACAAGCUGGUUGGGUAAGCGGAUGUGAUCCAUUAAUGGUUCACCACAUACACAAUGCUUUCAAAGACAACCUGCAGAAAAUGGCACCAAUGGAGGAAUGGGCUGAAUGGCUUGAAAGUAUCGUAGAUCAGAUUCUUGCCAAGUACUACGACAAGCCCGUGCAGAUUAUCUCUGAGAUAGGCAAGCAGUUUUUGCUGAAUUGGAGCUGCUACACUUCGAUGUUGAUCCGAGAUCUAACACUUCGGUCAGCUGGAUCGUUUGGGUCAUUCCACUUAAUUCGAUUGCUUACCGACGAGUACAUGGUGUACCUGGUUGAAUCGCGCAUCGCGAAAGCUGUCAAUAGGGCCAUGAUUACUGUUAUUAGUCAGGUAUGUCCACAUAACAGCAAGACGCUGGCUUUUUCGGAUCUCCGUCCAUUCAGUAUAAUUUGUUUUGUUAGCUGCUGA